AGGACAAAGCAACUUCAGUUCCCCAGCUUUCUAAUUUUGGAGAGCCUGCCUUUGCAAUACAGAUUUUUAUAUCCUUGGCAAAAAUGUCCUUCCUUUUAUUUCCCCCCUCUUAGAAAACACAAACGCACCCUGCAGUACCGUACACAGGGCAGCCUGGUCUUGCACUGGGAAACACCAGACACCCUUAUUUGCAAGGAAGGCUGCCAGCCCUGGCUACGAUUAAACGCCCAGAAAAAUGAAGGGACUCUCUAACCAGAUUCAUCUGGGUGUUGAAAGAGAUAAGAGGGUGAUUGCCAAUUUCCAGUUUCCCUUGGCACGAGGAUUUUCCAAUCAGCCAGGACACUCUGAGGAUGGGAAACGGCACUGGACCACCUGCGUGCUGGCUGUGCUCGGGGAUCGGCGAGUUCCUCCAAGCACCAGCAUUUCCAAACAGAGCAGAGCAGCUCUGAGGUUACACAAAGUCUUUUUGAUCUCGCCUCGGUGACCCCAGAGCUACAAAUGCUGCUGUGGGACCUUCUUCUGCACUGGAAUGAGUUCCUUGUUCACAGGAAAACCAGGCAUGCUACAACACAAACCCUCUUUGGCUAUUGAAUGCAAUAAUCACAUACUGGAUAGCUGUGAGUUACUGUGCGAAGGGAAAAGGUCUUUCUUAAACCCACCGCUUUGUCCUUUUACCAUUUGUAGAUGUGGCUGCUUAAUAUAUAUAAUGAAUAAUUUAAACAAUCUGCAUGCCAUAACAUGCCCUCAAAUAUUUAGUUGAGUGUCCCCAAAUUUGUUUUGCGUGUUUAUCCUUCCACUCGUUAGAAACGUAAAUGUUCUUUGGCUUCACCCUGUGCCUUUCAGCAUUAUUUUAUGGAAAUUCCAAUUUCCUGUCUUGAAAGAAACGCUGAUGAUAAUGAGAGGCUUGGAGCUUUUCAAACAAGAAAAGCAGUUCGAGUCAAUUCUGCAUUUUGUUCUUAAUCAAAACUAGUUGUGUGCAUUUGCAUUAACAAUGAGCUCAGCUCACAAUGCUCCAUAUGGGCUUGGCUGCUGGCAUUCACCGAAGGGCAGGAGCCUCUGAAAAAGCUCCCUGGUUUUCAAAGAUUUAGGGAUGACCUUGCAAAAGUGUCAUUUGUCACUGCCUUGUCCAGAAUUGCUAGAAAAAUCCCUGGAAACACGCAAUGGAAUUGCAGAGCCCAGUUCUUGCAUUGCCGAAGAGGUACAACACCAAUUACCUACAGAGAGACAGUGGGGAAUAACAAAACGGAAGCUUUUUAUGAAGCCUCAAGUGAUUUUUUUUCAAGAUGCUCUAUCUGGCCAUUGGUCUUCCAUUUCAGAUGUUACUCAUUUUUCAGGCACACUAUUUCAACUCGCUUUAUACCAAGUCUAGCAUAAAUAUGAAUGCAAACAAGCUACGGUCCAUUAAUCUGGACACCUAUUUGCAAUUCUAAAGCGUUUAAAACACUUGGAAACAGGCCACAAACUUUUGCUGUUCUGCAGUUCAGACCUGAUCUCACAGAACUCGCUUCAUGCUAAUUCCAGUCGAGUUACACCCAGGAGGGGGUAUCCAUAGGCAUGGAGUUUUAGGACCAGGUGCCCAUUUUUGAGCCCAUUAAUAGCACCCAGAAGGGCUGCGGUGCACAGACUUUGCAGGUCUGUUCUGCAGAGCACGAACAAUUAGGAGAAAUAGGGACGGCGAGUUGCACAGGCAUCCCUUGACACACUGUCUUGAGUGGCUGGACAAGUUCUGCUCUGAAAGGAUUUAUUUCCACUCAUUUUGGUCUUGUGGCUGUGAGAGGCUUGCAAAACCUUUCACCUUCUUUCCCCGGAGUCAUAUAUAUUUUAUGAGAAAUCUAAGAAUUACCUCUUAUUAAAAUGGGGAUAGUGUAAUUACCAAUAAAAAGCAGAUGUUAUGGCGUGACUAAUGCUUGAAAAAGCGUACGUAGCAGCUCGACAUACCGGCAUAUCCAAGCUUUUCAGUAAGAUAAUAAAAGUUGUCUUUGUUGAAACUAACUGGCCGGGUUGCUGAGGUCUGAAGUUGCAGGGAAAUCAUUACAGAAAAUGCUGAAAGGCUCCAUGAAAGGGCAGCUUUGCUCCCACCAGUCUCGGCAGCAAAAUGCAACUCCAGAAGGCUGAAAUGAAAAACCCACAGCCCCGUUCACCUUGACACAUUCUGAGGUGCCUGGAAAGGUGUCCUGCUCGUCGUGCUGAGAGCAUCCUUCCCCUACAACCCGUAAUGAGCCAUAAUUAGUGAACUCCCUGACACCUCCGGCACCUCCCAGGGGGUCCAUAACCCACCUGCAAUAGUCAAGAUCAUUCCCUUGGAUCAGCCCCAAGUAUUUUGGCAAGGCGUAUCUGGAGCAAUCCGCGUAGGCUGACUUUUGAAACAGGAAUGUGCAAACUUCAUGUAAAUGGAGUUGUUCAGAUCUGCUCAAGCAGUCCCGGGGUUCAGAAACUUCGACUACGCUCACAAAUUCCUCUCCUUUCCUUCCCGGCAAAUUGCAUUUAUUGCUUUUUGCCACGAAAGCAUCUUUAAAGUAAGACUCGGUUCACAAAAGAGCAUUUGCAACUUGGAAAGAGGGUCUGGUCUUCUUGGUGUGGGUAUGAAUUGGGGGGCGUAGGGAGGAUCUGCAGCUUGCCCGGGGGAGGCUGUGGGGGCAGCAGGAGCUGGGGGUCCAGGACAUCGCAGCAGCCAAGGGCUGGUGCUCACUCCUGCCUUCUCCUACCUUAAAUACCAGGUCUUUCACUCCUCCUCUGACCCAAUCCCCGUGGCUCACCCAAAGCCCGGUGCACUGGAGCCAGCAGAGACCUCCCCAUCUUUUCGAAUGCUCACAAACACCGCUGAUCUACCAAGAGUUUCAGGAGGCCGUAAAUCUCCCUGAAUAGCCCAAGCCUGUGGGAGUCCCAUUCCUUUGGCCUGGAAUCCACCAAGUGAGCUCAUGAAAUCAGAUGCAAGUUUAACCUCAAAUCAGGAACUUCCAAGAGAUCUGGAGACAAAGGAUGAAAACACUCCCCCAUCAUCCAGCUCAGGAGUCUUGGAGCAUAUCCUGCUGACCAGGAAUAAGGCUGAAGACUUGAAAACCAAACUCCUGCUUUGCAAUGACCAGUCCUUCACAGAUUGCCUGGAGUUUGGUCUUGGGCACCUGCCCUGCUACAGAACAUCUCAUGUCUUUACCAGCCCAUCUGCCCUUGCUGCAUUGCACACCAGCACAGAAACAGAAGAAAGCUUCAGCGAAGGCAAGGUUAACGCUAAGCAGGAUGAGAAACUGAGACGUUCAGCCAUCUCCACAGGAUAUUUUCCAUGUUAUAGAACACAUGAAAAGCUUCUUGGCCAGCCACUCUCAAAUGGAUUAAAUACGGAGAGAAAAAAGCCUGAUAGUAGUGAGAAAGAUGAAAGCGAAGAUGUUGAGAUGACCGCCCCAUCAUGUUUGGAGUUCGACAAUACUGCAGUUUGUUCUACCACUGAUAAAGAGCCACCAGCCCACCAGCUCCCACGAGACAGCACCUCUGGAGACCGCCUGUCCAUGAUCUCCUCCCCCAGUGCGCCACCAGUUCUGAAUCAGCCCUUUCCCUCCAGCGAGGACUUCUCUCGCUCCAGGACAGAGGGAGAGCUCUGCAUUGGACCAACUCUAGAGAACAAGUUCUUCACUGGGAUAGAAUGUUUAGAGAACAAAGAAGAAGGACAAAGGGGACAAACAGGUAUUUGGAGUCUCCUUGACUGCUGCUUGAUGUGUUGAGAACAAAGCAGGGGGGAUGAGUAAAUGCACAUAUGAACAAGAAGCCCUUGAAAUCUACAACAACACAGAAAUCUGCAUGAGUAUGGAGUAAUAGUCAUCUCCUCAAACACAACAAGAAGUGAUAACCUGGACUGUGUAAUGACAGCAGAAAGCAAAAUGACUGAUUUGGGGGAAUUCAGAUAAACUCGCUCUGGAAACCAUCCUGAAGGAGGAGGGUGGGGAAGAGAACUGUUUUUCUGUGGCUAAUCCCAAAGGCUAGAUGCUCACUUGAGGGAUGUGCAGCUAUGGGGAAAAAAAAGAGAAUUAUUUCAAUCUAAGCUGCUUGGAGGAAUUAAGCAGAGACCUAAUUUCCAGUAGGGAUUGGGAAACACAUUUCCUUUCCCCUCUGCUACAAUCCUUCCAUUGUAUUAAUGGCAUCUGUUAGACCUGGUUUCUGUGCACAACAGUCAUACACAGGAGGAAAA